AUGACUGAUCUAUGUACUUACUGGGUGCUUUGGGACCUGUUCAUUGCGGCAAAUACCGACGUGAUGGAGAGGAAUAGCUUGAAGUCGUGCAGCCCUGCCGUGGUUCCGCUGCACGCCGUGGGCGGAUGGUACCUUCGGCGUUCAGAGUCCAGCUGCUGGUCGGGGGGAAAUCGCAUGAUCGGGUCGAUUCUCUUCGUGGCGCCUUCAGACGGUGAAAGCCACCAGAUCCAACAGAAUUCCAGUCGGUGGGAGCGUGCGAUGGGCAGGAUUUCUCACCGGCGGGCCAGCAUCGUCGCAGACCCGCGUGCCGCGGUGGGUGGCCCUACUGCCACCUUCAUCGUCGAUGUGUCGCCCGCUCUCUCUCGCGCCCCCGCUCUCUGCGCCCCCGACGCCCCGCGCAUCGCCAUCCCCGCGCGGCUACUCCAAGGAAGGAAGGUCCGCAUGUCGACAUGGAAGGUCCGACCCCUCCAGAGCAUCCCCGUCCUCGCUCUCUGCGCCCCCGACGCCCCGCCAUCACCAUCCCCGCGUGGCUGCUCCAAUGAAGGAAGGUCCGAGGCGCACCUAGAGAACGCCACGGCGCCGCCGGUCUACGGCCGCCUCGACGCCCUCGGGUUCUUCGGCCUCUACCUCGACGACGGCGGCGACCAGAGGGUGGACGUGCUCUCGUUCGACACGUUCGCCCUGAACCUCACCGGCGUCUUCUGGCAGAUGACGCUGGACGACGACGGCAACCUCCGCGCGUACUACUGGACCACCGGCGACUCCAGUGCGUGGACGUCGGAUUACAAGGCCAUCGCGGAGCGGUGCGAGCUGUCGACGUCGUGCGGCGCGUACGGCCUAUACGUCCCCAGGAACGCCCAGUGCCAGUGCCUCGAUAGUAAUAGCACGAGCCCCGUCCUGCCGUGCCACGGCGAGGACACCGCUGAGCUCUGCAGUACCGGCAGCAGCAACGGGUCGCGGCAGCUGGGUUUCAACGUGGUGCGGCGGACGCGGGUGUCCGUGGCGUACAAGGAGGAGCUGCCGUUCCGGACGAACACGACGGCGGACGGGUGCGAGCUGGCGUGCGCGGGCAACUGCACCUGCCGGGGGGCGCUAUACAACGGCGCGAGCGGCUACUACUACCUCAUCGACUUCCCCAUGGAGACGCUGGUGUACCAGGCCAACGACCGGAUGCUUGGCUACUUCAAGAUCAGGAAGGCGGCGAUAGCGAACUCGGCGCGGCGAGGCAUGUCGCCGGGCGUUAAUGCCGAGACGGUGGCGCUGUUGCUGGUCCUGGCAGGCCUGGCUGCGGCCGGAGCGUACUGGGGCUACAGGAUGUGGGAGAGGAGGAAGAGGAAACGAGCGGGGAUGGAGCAGGAGCUGGUUCCGGGGCCAUACAGGGACCUCAAGUCCAUGGCCAGCUCUAACAAUUCGUUCAAAGCAUGAACCCAACCAUGAGAGUGUUGGUUGAAGUUGAAGGUCAAGUGCACUGGAGUGGAGU